AUGGAGCACCCAGCCUUUACAUUAUCAGGACUCUGCGCUGUCGGUGGCUUAAUGGGCUAUUUCCGUAAAGGCUCAGUUCCUUCGUUAGUUGCUGGUAUAGCGGUAUCAACUCUUUACGGUUACUCUGGCUAUUUAUUGAAAAGGAAUGCUGAUUAUGGGAUAGAAUUGGCUUUAGGUACAAGUGGUCUUUUGUUGUUGGCCGGUUUAAGUAGAGCUAUUCCUACACUGUUUCAAAAGCCAGUGCCUUUAUUAUUGGUGUUUCUUGGUGGAUUAUCAACCGGUUAUUAUUUAAAGAAAUAUAACGAGUUUUAUCCAUUUUUUAAUUAA